GGUCCUGGAAACGCAAAUGGCUGCGCGCAUCACAAGACGCGCGCACAACAAAACAUUUGCGCAUCACUGUAAGGAGCGCUUUAUUAUUAAUUUACAGUAAAGUCCAGUUUUAAUGACACGGAGGAAGUUGCUCACACAUUUACGCGUAAGAAUCCUUGUGAAUCAUCCGCUGAAUCAUGGCUUGGCAAAACCCAGUUAACGAGUGUUUUUCUUCUUCUUCGUCCUUUUUUUUUUUUUUUUAUUAAGUUUUAUUAUAUGAGCUCCAAAGUUCAGCUUCAGUGACGGAGGAGCCCGGGAGAGUGAGGUGAGGGAGGAAGGAAUGAUGAAGACAUAUUUUUUUCCUUCCAAUUCCAACAUCUGCCUCUCGAUCAUUUUCGGAUUUUUUUUUUUUUUUUUUUCGCGGAAAGCUGCUCGGAAUGAAGAGAACCCCUCUGCUCAUCCACACGGAGGCGUUAAAGUUUCAAGGCAGCAGCUCAACAGGUGGUUCUCUGCGCGCGGAUAGGAAACGUUUCGCAUGAGCGCAACUAUUCGUUUUGAUAGACGCACUCAGCAGAACAAAAGAUGCUUGAAUCAUCAAGACCAACAACAGACUGAAGAGACACUGAUUGAUGCUGAAGGAGUAUCUGUCCAGUGGUCAUCAUGCUCUGCUUCAAACAGCUGUCAGACCCAAACGGAGUCGCCUCAUUACCUUCAGAAACAUGAUGCGCACCCCGACCGACAGCUGUCCAGAAUGUGACUGAAUCUAGAAGUCUUUGUCUCACCUAACAUGAUGGAAUCGGGUCUGUUACCUUUCACGGACUCUCUCGACCUCAACACCAACGACAGCAAUAAGAGUUGGAGUAGCGUGUCGAGGCACAACCACACCCGGACCCUUCAUAAUCCCUUUCAAUACGCCCUGCUGGGGGUUUCUCUGGGACUCCUCUCUCUUCUCACYAUCAUAAUGAACCUGCUUGUCCUCUAUGCCGUGAAGAAAGAAAAGAGUCUCCACACGGUGGGGAACCUGUACAUCGUCAGCCUGUCGGUGGCCGACCUGAUCGUAGGGGCGACCGUCAUGCCUCUGAACUUGAUGUAUCUGCUGGAGGAUGAGUGGAAGCUGGGGCGGGCCGUGUGCCAGUUCUGGCUGAUCAUGGACUACGUAGCGAGCACAGCUUCCAUUUUCAGCUUGUUUAUCCUGUGUUUAGAUCGGUAUCGCUCGGUCAGGCAGCCACUAAAGUACCUGAAGUAUCGAACGCGAGGCAAAGCCAGUGUGAUGAUCUCCGGCGCCUGGCUGCUCUCGUUGAUGUGGAUAGUUCCUAUUUUGGGGUGGAGGUCGUUCUCGCACGUGGACCUUAAACCUGAGGAGGAGAACAAGUGUGACACGGACUUCCGUUUUGUCACAUGGUUCAAGGUUAUCACUGCAGUCUUCAACUUCUACGUGCCCUCGAUUUUGAUGCUGUGGUUUUACACACAUAUCUACUUGGCUGUGAGGCAGCACCUAAGAGACAGAGAGAGAAUCAUUCAUCCAGCAGAUUCAUUUGGGGAAAAUGAGAAUGGAGGAAAUGCUCAAAGUCWGAAUAAAAGCGACUCCAAGUCGCCCAAGAAAGAAAAUGACUCCUCGAUGAAAACAUCGAAAAAAGAACGACUGCUGGACCAGAACACUAUUGACCAAACAUAUUCCCUUGAAGAUGCUGAUAAAAGCAAAGCUGCUCCAUUUAGAGCUCACAGGAAAAUAGGUGUAAAGUGCCAGCAGACGUCACUGCUUACCAUGACAACAAAACGACUAAGAAUGGCACGCAAAGCAAAAACAUGCUCUCUGUCUCCCGAAGAGAGGCAGUCAGACGCUGAGAUUCCCCUGAGUCAACCGUCAGCGCCGCAGGAAAUGACAUGCUCAGGUGGAAACAACGAGGCCAAACUCCAAGCCUCCCUAAAUGAAUGUCACGUCACAGUGACAAACCCGGUGAGCGGAGUGCGCGGUGGCAGCCAGUUGUCAGACGUUCAGAGAUACACAUCUGUUCUGUACAACAGCUACGACCCAAGUCAAGCUCUGCCGUGGCCCGAGGAAGGUGCCGAAGAUGCUAAAAUAGACCCAGAUAACGYGGUGUCUCUGAGACAAGCAUGGCACCGAUUUAUUGACCAGUCACGGCACCGGAUUCAAAGUCUGCGGAUUCACAAGGAGCACAAAGCAGCCAAGCAGUUAGGUUUUAUAAUUGCCGCCUUCUUACUGUGUUGGAUCCCUUACUUCAUAGUUUUUAUGGUGAUGGCAUUCUGYCCAGAGUGUGUGCAUCACGAUCUUCACAUGUUCACCAUUUGGCUCGGUUAUAUCAACUCCACCCUGAACCCCUUUAUAUACCCGCUCUGCAAUGGGAACUUCAAACGGGUUUUCAAAAAUAUACUUAAAAUUAAUUUGUGAUGGRCUUUUGACAAGCAGAACAAAACUUCGAACAAAUAUGGUGUCUAAAUGUUGCUGCAACUCACAGAUAAGCUCAGAUUUUUUGGUGUAGAUAAGGUUAAGAUACGCAUUUUGAGUGAAAAUAUUCAUUAUUGUACAAUAUAUUCCAAAUUAUUGCUUUUAUAAAAUGCAGGUUGACCAAACAAGUUGAAAAGGAGCUUAAACCCAUUGUUAUUUAUUUUGUCUGUUAUUUUAAGGAUGUGUUUUGAGCCAGAGACAUUUGAACUUAAGUUUAAACAUAUUUAAGUAGGGUUUGCGAAAAGAUUAUGAGCAAUUAAUAUCUUACCUGUUGCAGAUAGCUCUUUGAAUGGCCUCAAUUUGGAGAAGUGAAGUUUAAUUCUAACAGGACGGAUGAGCUAAUGGCUAGUCUGAUUACAGCCAAGACAAAAGCAAAUUGCAGAUGUAAAAAAACAGCUUCAAUCUCCAAACUUCAAUGGCAGUUAUGCAAUUUCUAUUUCAUAAACUUUURUACUGRUUUGCACUUCAUGGCUAUUCUGCCAGAACAAUUACCAAAUUUCUGCUGAAAUUACCCCAGGCAUUGACAGAAGUGCUAAAGCUAGCUGUUGCUGCUAUUUGCACUUGCGAAUAAUCAUCCAAUUCAAUGUAAAUAAAUGAUAGGUGAAAUAAUGGGGAUGCAAAMGUUUAUGAAACUGUAUUUGCAAAAAAAUGUAAUGAAAGUUUUGGAUAUAGUGCUAUUUGAUGGCAGCAUAUUUCCAUUUUGGUCUUGGUCUUAGCUGUAAGCUAGUCAGUCUGGUCAGAUUUAAACUCUGUUCCUCUAAACUGAGGUUUAAUUAGCUGCAUAUUUACAACAGACAAGAUAUGAAUUGUUCAUAAACUUUCAUGAUAAUCCCACCUUGAACAAACAGGAACAUGAGCAUAAACUUGGUCAACGGUGUUCUACGUUAGAUGCUUUUUGAAGAAAUUAAAUAGGAAGCUCACUGUCAAUUAAGUCUUUAAUAAUAAGAGGCAGCAACACUGAUCUCUGCUUGAUUAUACUGUAUAUCCAUUUAUAUUUUGGUUAAAAAAAAUACCUGUGGUCUAAGUUUUUUAAACCUGCCAACAAACACCUCAUGUUGACAGCAAAGUGUGUGUCAAAAAGGUACAUAUUAUUUAUUUAUUGCACUAAAAAUAAAAAUGUGACACGUGCUUUGACAAUGCUGAAACAACAUACAUCUGAAAAAUAAAUACUGCAAGCACCUAUACAUUGUGAGUAAAUCUGUGAUCUGCCAUGCUGCUUCAAGAGAAAAUCUGAGAUAAAUGCUUUUUAAUACAGUAAGAUAUUCUGGGAUGUGCUAAGUGUGCUUAUUUUAAAACAAAAUUUAAAACACAAUCAAGUCAGUUUGUAGCAAUAACAAAGGCAWGUCACAAAGUUUUACUUAAUAGUGUUCUGCUAUGUUUAACUGUCAUCAUAUGUGAAAAUCUGUAUGAGAACAAAAACAUUAAGAAACACAUUUUUAACCAGAAAACAAUGAGUCUUGAUGAUACGUGUCUUACAAUCCUGGUAUUUGAUAAAAACUGUAAUGAUUUUGUUUACCUGAAGCUACUUUGUAGGUUUUAACAAUUUACUUUUAUAUGUUAACAUUUUACACAUAGCAUUUGUUAUUGUAUUUUUAGCUUAAAUGUAGCAAACAUAAUUUUGCAAUGCUGUCCAAAAAUAAUUAUAAACGUAAGAUUUGUGCAAAUUGUUUUUAAUUAAACUUUUUGUGACUCAUUCAACUGCAUCCAACAAACACUGCAGACUGAUGCCUUGUGGUAAAUUWAAAAAAUGAAGAUUUAACAAAAUAACUUACAAAAUAUCUCUAAUAAUAAUAAAAAAUGCACAAUUUCAAAUGUUCAAAAAGCAAUUUGCUUUGAGUAUUUUUUGAGUCUUCUCAUAUUAGAGGCAACUUGCUGAAGUCCUGUUUUAAUGUUGUGAAUCAGUGAAUGUAAUGAGCUGAUUCACCAGUUACAUAAAAUGCUAGAUUGCUAAUAGCAAUGAUGAUUCAUGAUUCAAURCUCAGUUUAAUCUAAAAAAUCAGAGCUAAAACUGAGUUGGAGGUAUUUUUGAAAUCGGUAUUUUACUGAAAGAAAAAAAGUGGUUUUAAACAUAUUGCACUUGUUCUUCCUUUACUUGAACUAUUUAUGUUACACUGAAGGUAUUUUAAUCUGUAUUC